UAAAUUAUUUUUGAUGUCAUUUAAGACAAGACAUGAAUCAAAUUAAUGAUAAUAUAAGACAAUCAAGACUUGGAAGACAUAAGAAACAAGACAUGAGUGUCACAAUUGAUGUAAACGACGUGUUUGAAGAAGUGGUUAAACAAAAUGAAAGACUUGUCAAAGAAAUUGAAUUUUAUGAAGAAGUGGUCAACGAUUUGUUGACAAAUUUGAAGACAUGUGUUGUUUGUCAACAAAAUGAUGUCAUAAAAGACAGAAUCAGUGAAUUGGAGACAAGGAAUACAAAGGAAAGACUUGUUGUCAAAGAUGUGACUCAUAUUAAUAGCAGUGAACCGACUGAUGAAACCUUGAAUUAUGCGAAACCAAUACAUGACCUAAAAGGUGAUAAUAAUUGUCAACAAAUUUCUAGUUCUUGUAAUUAUGAAUCAGAUGACAAUCAAUUACCGGAACUGAUCAGUGAUGCAAAACCAUAUAGUCUUGAAUAUGAAGCCCAAAGAGAUGCACUCAGAGACAAAACACAUCUGUCAGGUGUCGGCAGUGGAUAUCGAUGCCAGUCCUGUGACUUUCAAAACUAUAAGUUUCGUGUUUUAGAGAAACACAUCAAUCGAUUUCAUCUGAAUAUUAAGCCAUUCAAGUGUCGGGUUUGUUGUAUUGGUUUUUACUGUUUAAGUGAUUGUAUACAACAUUUGAGAAGACGGCAUAAUAUCGUCAGCGAUAAAAUUAACGAUUAUAAAGUAAUUGAUGAAACAGUAAAUGAAUACAAACCAUAUAGCGAUGACUAUGUGGAACAAUUACGAGCACUCAAAGCCUCUUCGCGUAGAAGUGACGGUAGAUAUCAUUGCAAUGAUUGGAUUUCAUAAUUCAAAUUUCACUAUUUUUGAGUCACACGUCAAUGGAAAUCAUCUGAAGAUUAUGCC